AUGUAUGAUCAGUCUGCAUUAAAUGAUCAAGGUGGUAAAAUUAACUAUCCCUCCGCCCAAUCCGUUUCUAAUUCAAAACCUAAAUCAAAUGGGUCUCAAAAUAUAAUCAAUUCUAUUCCUAUUCAAAGUAUUUCUGCAGUUGCAACACAAACUCCAAGCACUGCAGUUGCUAAUAAUUCUACCGUUCCAACUAGUAAUAAUUCUACUAUUCAUACUAAUAAUAAUUCUGAAGCAAAUAGUGAAAAUAUUGAUAGUAAUACCAAUGCUAAUAGUAUUAACAGUAUUAUCAAUUCAACUAACAUUAACAAUAUCAUUAACUCCAAUAGUAAUAACCUCAUAAAUGAAACAAAUAUUAAUCAUGAACACGAAGAUUUGGCCUCAUUAAAUUUCUUUAAUAGCACUCAUUCAUCGUUAUCUUCAAGACAACCUAGAUUAACCAUUCCCUUUUCUUCACAAAUGUAUCAAAAUGAUCUAUUACCAAGUGUAGCAGCUACCACUAGCAGCAGUACUAAUAGUAAUGCUUUUUUCCAAAAUUUGAAUUUAGCUUCUACUAAUUCUUCUUUAUCUUAUAGUAAUACACCAACCACAAGAACAAAUACAACUCCUUUAAUUUAUCAAACGAAUAAUUUGGGUACAAGAUUAGCUGGAACUUCUAAUCAUGAAGAUUCUAAUAUUGAUCCAGAUGUUGAAAGUCCAAAUUUAAUUACUGAAGGUUUUAUGUUACGUGACGUAGCAGCAAGUACAAAUCACUCUACGUACCCAACAGAUAGUCAUAGUACUAGCCAAAUGGAUCAUCACAAUAUUUUGCCAAUAGAAACUAACAGUUCUUCUACAACUAUUAAUACUGCAAAUAUUCCAACCACAUCAAAUAAUAAUAAUAUUACUAAUAAUACCAGUAGAAAUAUAUCAAAUUUACGUACUGCCAAUAGUUUUCCACAUGGAGUAUCAACCACUAAUAAUUUCCCCCAAAAUUUUGUGUACAUGAAUACAUAUGCCACAAAAAAUCCAGGAAUUACAAAUAUUCAAACUUAUAGUCCAUUAGUUGCUACUUCAGUUUCUCCCACUGUACGUGAAGGGAACUCUGCUUCUUUAACAAAUAGAGGCACGCAAAGAGUUAGAAAACCUUCAAACAAUCCAAAUCAACGCAAUGGAACUAUUAACCCUUCUACUUAUUGCUAUGAAUGUUGUCGAUCAUUUUCAUCUUCUCAUCAUUUAACAAGACAUAAGAAAACAGUUCAUUUAAAUGAAAAACCUUUUUCAUGCCCAAGAUGUCGUAAAAGAUUUAAGAGAAGGGACCAUGUUUUACAACACUUGAAUAAAAAAAUCCCAUGUCCAGCAAAAUAUGAAAAUAAUCCUGAGAUAUAA